ACCGGGAGGAUGGAGGAGGGGAGGGGAGGACUUGGGCCCGGCGAGGCGCGAUGCGGGUGUGCGUCCAGGUCCGCGCACGGGUCCGCCGCGCUCGGCGCUCGGCCAGCGAUUGCUCGGGCCUGGCGGUCAGCCCCGCGGUCGACGGCCGAGCGCGUCGCUCCGCGUCCCCGGCCGCGCCAGCCUCGCGCUACCUCUCCCGGCGUUCGUCCCGGGCUCGGGGCGGCUCCUGCGUUCCGUCUGGCUCCACGACGGGCUGGCCCGAUGGCGCCUCAGCGGAGGGGCGCACCCAAGGCGCACGAGGGCAGCGGGGCGACCGAGCGCCGGCGCCCAAGCAGCAUGAAGAGUGUCCGGGCACCGCGUGAGGCAUGGAGGAAGUGGCCGAGAGCCGCUGUCCUGGGGGCCGGUGCCACACUUGCUGCCCUCCUGCUCUGGGGCAGUCUGGGGGGCGAUGACGGCGUCACUGAGGUCCUGGCUCACCGCAGUGAGGUCCUGCCCGGCAGGUUCAUCGAGGUGCCCUGCUCUGAGGACUAUGACAGCCACCGAAGGUUUGAAGGCUGCUCCCCUACCAAGUGUGGCCGGGGUGUCACCGAUGCUGUCAUCACCAGGGACGAAGCCCGGAGGAUUCGCAGCAUAGCGGAGAAGGGGCUCUCCCUGGGCGGAUCUGAUGGAGGGGCGUCCAUCUUGGACUUGCACUCGGGUGCCCUGUCUGUUGGGAAGCACUUUGUGAACCUGUACAGAUACUUUGGGGAUAAAAUAGAAAACAUUUUCUCAGAAGAGGACUUCCAGUUAUACCGGGACGUGCGGCAGAAGGUCCAGCUGGCCAUCGCCCAGGCCUUUGGGAUCAGUGCAGCCUCGCUGUACCUGACGAAGCCCACGUUUUUCUCCCGCAUCAACAGCACGGAAGCCCGGACGGCCCACGACGAGUACUGGCACGCCCACGUGGACAAGGUGACCUACGGCUCCUUUGACUACACCUCGCUGCUGUACCUGUCUGACUACCUGGACGACUUCGGCGGCGGGCGCUUCGUGUUCAUGGAGGAGGGCGCCAACAAGACGGUGGAGCCCAGAGCCGGCCGGGUGUCCUUCUUCACCUCGGGGUCCGAGAACCUGCACCGCGUGGAAAAGGUCCACUGGGGCACACGCUAUGCCGUCACCAUCGCCUUCUCCUGCAACCCCGACCACGGCAUCGCAGACCCAGCCUUCAGGUAGCCGGGCUGCAGGCCCCGCCCUCUGGCCCGCCCCUUUGAACAAGGUGCCUUAGGAAUCACCCGGAUUUCGAUUUGCUAAUGUUUUGAUCAUUUUUCAUCUGUGAGUAAAUUAAGGGAACCAGCUUUUCAUCUCCCAGGCGCCUGUGUGUUUGCUCUGGGGUGCUGGUUACAAGGGGCCAGAAGCUGGAUACUCAGGGAGCAGAAGCAGCAACUAUGACACCUGUGGAGAGGGUUCCAGUGAGCGGGUGGCUCUGGGGACCUACGCCCCACGCCCAAGGACCUCAGACACCAGCGAUGGGGGUUUCUUCCAGAAACCAAGCCCCACUCACCACCUGGUGGGUGCCCCGGGCAGCCCUCUGUGCUGGCAAGGCCAGUGGGGGAGCAAGGUUUAUUCCCCAAACAGUAUGUAAUCGGGGGACAGAGCAGUGACACAGAUGAAACAGAAAUAGCAGACUGAGGCCAAGAAACUAAACAUCAAUUAAACUUCAGGCCCAGGCCCCUGGCUGCCAGGGGCAAG